AGGCCAUGAUUAGGUAAGAGGUAAUUACCAAAAAAAAGUUUAUAAAUUGGUGAUAGUGCAACCUCCAACCAAGCUUCUCAUGUGCCCGUGGUUUUGAGUUGUGCGUGUAUAUUCUCUGAGACAAUGCUAACAGUUUGGGCAAAUAUAAGUUGCCCUCAAGUUGGGAGAAAUAUUUAGUAAAAAUGGUAAGCCAUUUACUUUGUCUGAGAGGGGUUCUCGAAGCUUGGCACGUCCACAAAUGGGAGAUUGGUUGGAGUUGCUCUUGCCAUUGCUGUUUCUAUAGCAAUCUGUACUAUUAUGCUGCACAAUCUUAACUCAAAAGGAUUUGAGGGCACAAAUGGCCGAUUUACAAUCACAGGCGGUGCCCAUGGGAGGUGGAGGAACGGAUAGUUUAAUACCCAAUGCAAUGAUUUCCAAGAGGCAAAGACGCCCAAGUGUUCGCUUGAAUGAAAUAGGCGACCAGUCUGCUGAUUCCUAUCUCAGAAGAACGAAGCAGUGGAAAACCCUAGACGAAGGCAAAUGGAAAGCUUUUCACGAGGAAACCAAAACUCCACUGCUUCAACACCACCAUCUAAUUGGGCCUUCAAAGAUUGCCUCAGAUUUAGGAUUGGCUAACAAAAUAUCUAAAACUAGACCUUUGGGGCAUUUAGGUAGCAAUGGCAACCAGGGUUCAAUGCAGGUAAUACAUGAAGAAGACACCCAAAAUCAAAAUAUGGGUAGUGGCGGUGGCGGUGGCGGUGGCGGCGGCGGCAGCGGUAGUCCUAGCGAUGUACAUUUGCAGAUUGUUGAGUAUCUUGGUGGUGAGCAGAUGAAUGGAAGGAAUACGGUGAUGAAGUCCAGGAAUGCGAGUAGGAAGGUUAGCAGGCAGGGGAAAGGGAGGAGAGGUGGAACUAGGGGUGCAAGUGUUGUUGGUGCCAAAUUUGGUAGGGGUAUUAGGGCUAGCCCUGAAGAAGUUGCAGAGGACAAUGAGAAGGGUUCCGGAGAGGAUGGCUUUGGGGAACCCUUAUCUAAUGCCUCUUUUGAUGUUGAGACACCAGAAGGAUUUAGGGAUUUUGAUCUGGAUACAUCUGAUAGCCCAGGGGAUAUGAAGGAGACAAGCGCCCUCCAGGUUGAUUCUCCGGAGAAUGUGGUUUUCAAUCAUCAGAUGGUGAGGGAUAUCUAUGGGAAUGAAAGGGACGAUUUCAGAGAUCAGGGCAAGUCUGGGGAGACCUGGGUUACUGCCCACAAUAGCAAAGACCAUCAGGCCCUAACCAUGGAGUAUAUGGAUGGGAAUGGAUUGGAGAUGCCGUCUGAUACGGACACCAGGUCAAAGCAGGACGCAAAUGAAUUCUUGAUGAGGGAGAUGAAGCAUGAGCAAGAAAAGGAAAGCGUGCCAGUCGGUAGGAAGCAUUGCUCCCUUUUGCAGGACGGUGGUGUUAGGGCAUGGUUAAACAGUCUUGGGUUAGGUAGGUAUACUCAGCUGUUUGAGAUGCACGAGGUUGAUAGUGAGGCCUUGCCUUUGCUGACACUAGAUGAUCUGAGAGAUAUGGGUAUUAAUGCUGUUGGUUCUCGGCGUAAAAUAUACAAUGCAAUUCAAAAACUUCAAAAGAGCUUUACAGUAUAAACAGAUUUAUCUGCUGUAUUUUCACUUAGCCAUCAGUGUAAGACAUCUAAAUGAAAUGUCUCAAACGGUUGGCCUUUUUUCUCUUAAUGAAUCAGAAGUAUUAUACUUGAA